CUUUGCAACCCCAGUUUGAUCAGAAAGGCGCGAAAAAAAUCCGCUGGAAAUCCUGAGAAGGAACAUCCUUGCUUUAAGAUCAUUAACUAUAAUAAUCUUUACCGCCCCAAUUCGAUUGGUCGACAUUUGUUCGUCAUCAUUUCUUGAGAGAAGGAAGGCUAUAGCUAUAGCCAUGGUGGCCGAAGCAGACCUUAUGCGUCAACAGAGCACCCCUGCGUUGGAUGUUCAGUGUUUUCCUAAUGGAACAAAUAUAUGUGAGAUCGAUGAUGCCGGUGCCGCCACGCCUCCGAGUUUUGACCGUGUUCGUGCUUCUCCAUUGGCGUCUGCGGAGUUACUCAGCUCACAAGAAGAUAUUAAAGCUGCAGAAGGAAUAUCAAAUACUGCUGUUGAUCCUGCUGUUCUUCAUUUUGUCCCCAGCAUCCGUUCUGGCAGUUUUGCUGACAUUGGCCCCCGGAGAUACAUGGAAGAUGAACAUAUAGUGAUAGAUGAUUUGUCUUCUCACAUGGGAUCACUAUAUACAUUUCCUGAACCAAGUGCCUUCUAUGGGGUAUUUGAUGGUCAUGGAGGACCUGAAGCUGCGACUUAUAUCCAGAAGAAUCUAAUGAGAUUCUUCUUUGAAGAUGUUAGCUUCCCCCAGGGAUCUGAAGUUGAUAAUGUUUUUCUACAAGAGGCAGAGAACUCCCUCAGAAAAUCAUUUCUUUUGGCUGACUUAGCUUUGGCUGAUGAUUGCAGUGUGAGCAACUCAUCAGGGACCACGGCUCUUACUGCCUUCAUAUUUGGAAGGCUUCUAAUGGUGGCCAAUGCUGGCGAUUGCCGAGCAGUUCUCUGUCGUAAAGGAAAGGCAAUUGACAUGUCUCAAGAUCACAGGCCUAUUUAUCCUUCAGAGCGGAGGCGGGUUGAGGAAUUAGGCGGUCGUGUAGAUGAUGGUUAUCUUAAUGGGGUUUUGUCAGUUUCUCGAGCCCUUGGGGACUGGGAUAUGAAGUUUCCUCGUGGUUCUCCCUCGCCUUUGAUUGCGGAGCCUGAGUUUCGUCAAGUGGUUCUGACAGAGGAUGAUGAGUUCCUCAUCAUAGGUUGUGAUGGAAUUUGGGAUGUCAUGACAAGUCAGCAGGCAGUCAACCUUGUUCGUAGAAGCCUGAGGAGGCAUUAUGACCCAGAGCGCUGUGCCAGGGACCUGGUCAUGGAGGCACUACGCCUUAAUACGUUUGAUAAUCUCACAGUGAUUGUUGUGUGCUUCUCUUCUAAUUCUAUUGAUCCCAGGGAGCCAUCCCCUCCUCGUCAGAGGAAAUUGAGGUGCUUUAGCCUUUCUGCAGAGGCGCUUUGUAGCUUGAAGAACUUGUUGGAAGGCAGUGCAAGUAAUUGAAUGUAUAAUAUGCGGCUUAAUCUAAAAAGUGUCUUUUUUUUUUUUGGGGGUAGAAUACUAAUACUUAUGCUGUUUUUGGUUGCUUCAGUUUUGACGGCAGAAAAAGCAGCCUUCCAUUUUGUGGUUGGUUGGUUGAUUUAUGUAUAUAGCCCUGAGGAUGAUAGUGGUGUAAAUACAUGUGUUCUGGAUUACUCGUAUGUUGUAACCAUGGAUCGUUAUAUUCAUAGCAUUAUUCUUGCGUUGAAUAAAAGAAUUGUUUAGAACAUUCUUUUCA